GCUAAAACCCUAGUAGGUACUGAAUCUCAAAAUACAAUACAAAAUAGAAUCAUUAUUUACUAGAUGUGUCACGAACAUACAUUUAUAUUAGUUAAGUAAUUAAAUUAUAAACACGUAUAUCUAAAUUAAUUGUUAUACAUUUAAUCUACAGGUAGAAAACGAAAUGGUUUCACACUAAUUGGUAUUUGUUAAGUAUAUUCGUAUUUAUAUCAAUAAAAAGAAAGUAAUUCUAUAAGUAAAUUUUAGUAAGUCGUUUCUAUAAUUUUAAUGUAUUUUAUUAACAUUUUUCGCUUCAGGUACGUCUACCAAUCUUAUGUUUAACUAAUAAUUGUACUGCUGAGCCUCCAUCGGACCCUAUUAGAAAAAAAUAUAUACAAAACAAUGAAACCUAAACUUUCAGCGUUUUGCUAUGAUGGUCGCUAACAUUCUCAAUCUUGUAGAAUGGAAAAGAAUUAAAUCAAGAUUUUGAAAGAAGCAAGUGUGAGUUCCAGUGGUUUUUAGCCACCAAAGCUCACGCCAGCGGCCGGUCCGUAGGCUAUAGACAGAUUAACCCCCCGGCAGCCAGUUACAGGUCAUUAGCGCCCCCGAGACGCCUCUGUGGCUUGUAGCGUGAUGCGCCGCGCGCCUCCACGCCCGUCACUCCCUUGACCACCUUCAACAAGCAAUGCGUAAGUUACUAUACAUACUACGUGAACGGAGAACGGAUGGGCGUAGCGAAUAGGUACAAUGAAAAUUAUCCUUAAUAUUAUAUCAGUAGAAAUCGUCGCUAUUUCGCCGUUUGAUCUGUCCAGGCGCAGAGGAAUACUACGUAUAGAAUUAUAGAGUGCAGACAGAGUUUAAUUCAGCCAGUGCCAUUAUCAGUGAAAAUGGUAAUCAUCCCAUUAAAACAAUAUGAACAAUGUGUUAAUAUUACCGUCCCAUAAAUGUUGAUACCUAAAAUAACGUUCAUAUUAAUCAUGUUGCUAUGAGACGUUUACAAUUUUCCAAAUUCAGCACAGGCCGAUAUGUUUACACUCUUUCGAUUUCUCUGUGUAUGGGUCUGUACGAACGGGUGGCGGCUGUUAAAGUACUCAGUAUCCAUAUAAUGUCAAAGUAUAUAUUACACUGCCCUCUCUGUGGUCGUUCGUUCUCCGGCUAUAGUAGUAUGUAUAGUGAUGACGUUGGAGCUGGUGAAAGGGAGGGGCACGGCGGUAGAGGUAGUGGAGGCGCGUGGCGCCGCUACAGCGUGUCUUGGUUGCCGGUCCCGCCCCGCCGGACGCCGCUGCCCCGCACUCGCCGCCCCGCCACGCAGUACAAAGCCUCUAUAACAGUCCCAGAUUGCCCCGGCCCCGAACGUGUACUCUCGAUAACGGCAUCAGAUAUCGACACGAUUUUGGAAAUCGUGAAAGAUAUUCUUCCAAAUUUGGCUGAUGGAGGACCUAAUAAAGGAAACAAUGAUGACCUCGAUGUCCGUCUACUGAUUCAUCAGAGUAGAGCAGGUUGCGUUAUCGGCAAAGGUGGCGCCAAAAUUAAAGAACUGCGAGAGAAAACUGGCGCCCGUCUAAAGAUAUUCUCGAACCCGGCGCCUCAAAGUACGGAACGGGUGGUACAGCUGGUUGGCAAGGCUGAUGCUACAGCUGCCGGAAUUCGAGAGGUGCUGGAACUGAUACGACAGGUGCCGAUAAAAGGAGCUAUUGAGAACUAUGAUCCGCACAACUACGAUGACUUUUACGCGGACGAAUAUGGCGGCUUCGGUGGUGGGCAGGGCGGCGGCGGCAGAGGGGGGCGCGGUGGUCCCGGGCCGCGCGGUAACCGGCCGCCACCACCUCUAGGCCCCGGCGGCCGCGGUCCUGGACCCCGAGGCCCCAUGUCCCGCGGAGGGCCCCCUGGCCCGCCACCGGGUCCACGUAGCAACUUCAACGACUUCGGGGGUCCCCCGCCUCGUGGCAACUUCGGCGGGCCCCCGCGUGGCAACUUUAGCGGCGGCAACUUCGGUGGCAAUUUCGGCGGCGGUCGUUCCAGUGGGGGCGGCGGUAACUUCAACAACAACAGCGGCAACCAGCAAGAAACUUCCACACAAGUCACCAUUCCAAAAGAUUUGGCGGGUGCAAUAAUCGGCAAGGCCGGCUCCCGAAUCCGUAAAAUCCGCGCGGAAAGUGGCGCCGGCAUCGAGAUAGCAGAGCCGGUGCAGGGCUCUAAUGACCGCAUCAUCACCAUCACCGGCACUCCGCAGCGCAUACAGAUGGCUCAGUAUCUCUUACAGCAGAGUGUACACGAGAGCAACCCGAAUCUCGGCCGCGGAAACUUCUGAUUCCGGUAACGAACUGAAAAUGAGAUAAAAAUUCGUAAAGUUUUUGCAAGCCACACCUCAUAUAAACUUCCUGUACAUUUUUAAUAUACACUAUAAUUUAUAUGUGUAAUUCUGAUAACUAACCAGAAAAACGAAAUGCUAAUUAUAAAAUAAAAGUAUGAUUUUAUUUUGCAAUCUAAUUAGAUAAUUAAAUAAUAUACAAUACAUAUUACAUAGAUAUGUAAUACGGAAAAUAUAUGUUCCUUUUAAGAAGCUAAUAAAAACAUUCUUGAAAAUAUUGUAAAUUUUAAUCUAGAUUAUAUAGAUAGAGCAUAGAGCCUCGAAAACGGGUCAACUUUUUGUCAGCUAAUUGUCAAAUUAGCAGACUAGUUUUUUUUUUUUUUAUUAAUGUUCUAUAUACUUACACUUCAGUGUAUUUUGACGUGUGUGUAUUUAAUUAAAAUGAGCUUAUGCGCAUUAAAAGGAGCAAAAAUUAUAAGAGGAAAUAUAGAAUUAAUGAGGAAUCACUUAUAACCGGUACCUAUCUUCAAUUUUAAGCAUAAAUGUAAUUAUAAAUAUUCACAUUUUUUUAAGAGCUCGCGCCAUUUUUAGUUGUUGCAAGUAUGCGAAAAAAUUCGAUGAUUAAACUCCACCACUACAGGUAAUUACAAUUCUUGUACAUGUCAAGUUAUUUACUAUAAUUAAUACUAAUAAUUAAUUAUAAAAGAUAUGAUUAUAUUUCAUUUUACAUGAAAUGUCAAUAUCAAUUUAUAUAGAUAUGUACAUAGAGAUACUAAUGAGUAGGUAUUAUGUGACUAUUGGCCGAUUUGGCCGAUUGCUUUCAAAAUCGAUAUCUAAGGAUCCUUAUACAUUUCAAAUAUGAAUCCGGUAUAACAACUAAUAAAAAUUGCCGCCAUUUUUAUUUCUUAUUUGAUCGAUUGCUUUUAAAAUCCAUAUCGGAGGAUCCGUAUACACUUCAAAUAUGGAUUCGGUGUCAGAAUUAAUCAAAAUUGCCGAUAUUUUUAUUUAAAGUGAUAAAAGUAUUUAUUUAAACAACGAUUAAUGAAAUAGCAUUAAGAAAUUAAACUUAAGAUAAUAUACAUGAUUAUUAUGUAAUAUUUUUUUAUAUUUAGUCAAUUACAAUUAAUUAACUCAUUUUCAAUUCUCAUAUGUUGGUAUUUCCAAAAACUCACAUAAAAUUUAAAUUAAUCCUAUUUAAUUCUAACACCAAUACAUGUUUUUAAUCUACAAAAAUUCUGAGAUAUUCGUAUAUAAAUCUGUUAAGUCCCUGUAAAUCUGUAAAGUUGUCCCUUUUUUUUUUUUUUUGAAGCAUUUGUAUGGAGACACUAUCUAUAUAAUCUAUUUUUUUAAUUGACAAAAUUGUUUUUCUGGUCCGAAUUUAUACUAGCAUAAGAAUGCAUUUAUCAUUGUAAAAGAAAGAUUUAAAUAAGAUUGUAUCAAUAAUUUACUGAUUAUUUGUUACAUCGAUGUAUUUUUAAGUAAAUAGAUGAUAGAUUUGAAAUAAAUAGUUUAUUUUACGAA